AUGCUGGCCGCCGCUUGGCUGGGCAGGGGGUUCUGGGGGUCGCUCCGCGGCGCGGGGCGGAGGCGGCCGUGCGGUGGGGCCGGGCCUCCAUCCGGCCGGGCCGAGGCGGGGGACCGUCGCCACGGCAACGGCGGCGCGUUCUGCCUGGCCGGGGGGGCGCGCGCCGCCCUCGCCCUGCGCGCGCCCCGGCGGCCGCUGCGCGCACCCCUCUGGAGCCCCCUCGGCGGCGGGACCGGGCCGCGGCGGGCGGGGAGCGGUGGGGCCGCGCCUCCGGAGCCACCCCGGGAACGGAGCGUGGCCGGGCGCUACGCCGAGCCGUAUGAAAACCCGUGGACGAUCCCAAACAUACUGUCAAUGGCAAGGAUGGGAUUGGCGCCAGUUCUAGGCUAUUUGAUUGUUGAAGAAAAUUUCAAUGUUGCACUAGGUGUCUUUGUUUUGGCUGGCGUAACAGAUUUGUUGGAUGGGUUUAUUGCACGCAAUUGGGCUAAUCAGAAAUCAGCAUUGGGAAGUGCUCUUGAUCCACUGGCUGAUAAAAUUCUCAUCAGUGUGCUCUAUGUGAGCCUAACUUGUACAAACCUUAUCCCAGUUUCACUUACUUCCAUGAUCAUUCUGAGAGAUGUAGCGCUCAUUGCUGCUGUUUUUUAUGUGCGAUACAAAACUCUUUCUCCCCCGAGAACACUCAGUAGGUAUUUUAAUCCCUGUUACGCUACAGCCCAACUAAAACCAACGUUCAUUAGCAAGAUGAACACAGCGGUUCAGCUGAUUUUGGUGGCAGCUUCUUUAGCAGCUCCUGUUUUCAAUUAUGUGGACAGCGUGUAUCUACAGACAUUAUGGUGCAUCACAGCUUUCACAACGGUAACAUCUGCGUAUAGCUAUUACCACUAUGGCCGAAAAACAGUUCAGGUGAUAAAUAACAAAUGAAGUAUUCUUGGAAGGACCUGGCAGCAUGGUUUGCUGUACUGAAGAAGAUGGUUGUAAUGCAACUGGGUUUGUGAAAAAGAGCUUUGUUUUUCUGCUUGAACCAUGGCAUCGCAGUGAAAUGAAGUUUGAACGUGUAUUGUGUGUAUAUAUAGAGACUUUUCAAUGUAUUUUUAAUUUGUUUAAAGAUAAGGUUCUUUAUAAAAACAAAUAAAUAAUGUUCUUAAACACACGGGUUACUAAUUGCUGCCAUACACAUCUUUAAUAAUUUUAUAUUGUUUUUGAAGUCAGAAAUAUGCACUUCUCACCAGCGUUUUUGGCAUCUUCGUAUAAUACACUGACUAGAUCUGAGAAGAAAAAGCAAUUGUAAGAAUGUGUCUUUGUACCUCAACCUAAGUCAAUAAAGUAGCUUUCCUUA